AUGUGGUCCAGUCUCCUCCUCUUGGGGGGUGUCUCUAUGAGCAUCGCCAACCCAAUCAUCCGACAAGAUGCCAACCCUGCCUACCGCAACAAGACUCUCUGCAUCGACAAGCGUGUCGAUGACUUGAUGUCUCGCAUGUCCCUCGAGGACAAGGCCGGCCAGAUGUUCCACGCCCGCACUGUCGUCGUCAACAACACCUUUGACGAGACCAUCAAGGGAUUUGUCACUGACAAGCGCAUCACCGCCUAUGUCCUGAGCGGUGGUGUCAAUGAUGUCCGUGGUGUAGCAAACUGGUACAAUGAGCUUCAAAAGCUUGCCCUCAGCACACCUCUUGGCAUCCCCAUUACUAUCUCUUCUGAUCCCCAGCACGGUUGGACAGAUUCGAAUGCUGUGAGUGUUGUCGCUCAAGGGUUCUCUCGAUGGACUGAACCUCUUGGUCUUGCUGCUCUGCGAUCACCUGAGCUAGUCCGUACUUUCCACGAGAUUGCUCGAGAGGAGUACACUGCUGUCGGUAUUCGACAGGCUCUGCAUCCUCAAGUUGAUUUGGCUACUGAACCUCGUUGGGGUCGUAUUACUGGUACCAUGGGUGAGGAUGCCAAUUUGACCAGCGCUUUGGUGGUUGAGGCCAUCAAGGGUCUUCAAGGUGACAAGAUUGGCCCGCACUCGGUCAUUGCCACAACAAAACAUUUUCCAGGUGGUGGCCCAAUGGAGAACGGCGAGGAUUCUCACUUCCCUUGGGGCAAGAACCAGACUUACCCUGGUGACAACCGGGAGUACCACUUGAUCCCCUUCAGGGCUGCCAUUGCUGCUGGCACUCGACAAAUGAUGCCUUACUACUCUCGUCCUAUGAACACUUCAUGGGAGGAGGUUGCUUUCGGCUUUAACAAGGGAGUCGUCACUGACCUUCUCAAGAAAGAGCUUGGCUACGAGGGCAUUGUCGUCACCGAUUGGGGUAUCGUCACCACCCGAUUCUGGGGUCUGGAGGAUGAGACCGAGCUUGAGCGUGCCCGUCGUGUUAUCGAGGCUGGAUGUGAUAUCUUUGGUGGUGAGACAAAGCCCGAGCUGAUCAUCGAGCUGGUUAAGAAGGGUCUUGUGCCAGAGUCUCGCAUCGACGAGUCUGUCCGCAAGUUGAUGAGGGAGAAGUUUGAACUUGGUCUCUUUGACAACCCAUUUGUCGAUGUUGAGAGGGCGACCCGCAUUGCUGGUAACGACUACUUCAGCCGUCUUGGAAACGAGACCCAGCGCCGUGCUUUCACUAUGCUUACCAACAAGGACAAUAUCCUGCCUCUCCCUCUUGCUGCUCUUGAUGCCAAGUUCUACAUCGAGGGUAUGGAGGCCGAGGCUCUUGAGCAGCGUAACCUCACUGUCGUCGACAAGCCUGAGGACGCUGACUACGCUUUCCUCCGUCUCGCUUCACCCUUCAAGCCCACCACCGCCCCUGGUCUCCCCGCCAUGAUCAACAACGGCAGCAUCGAGUUCAACGCCACGGAAAAGGCACGCCAAGCCAAGAUCUACGCGACGCUGCCCACCAUCGUCGACAUCAGACUGAACCGCCCAGCCGCCGUACCCGAAGUUGCCGAGAACGCUGCUGCUCUGUUUGGUAGCUACGGCAGCAGCCACGAUGCUUUCCUGGAUGUCAUUUUUGGCACUGAUGGUUGGGGUCCUGAGGGUCAAUUGCCUUUUGGCCUGCCUGCUUCCCAAGCGGCUGCUGAUGCGCAACUGGAGGAUGUGGCGUUUGACGGAGAGGUUUUGUUCAAGUAUGGACACGGAUUGCGGUAUAAGGAUGUUUGCGAGAGCUCCUAG